AUGCCACCACAAUGGAGCGGAGUAGACGCCUCCUCCUAUGAAAGCGUCAGCCAGCCUUACAGUUCUACGGCAGCUUUUCAGCCUUCAGCCAUUUUAACACCAAUCAGUCUCCCCGAUAGCUCCUUUGUCCAUGCCCGGCCUAGCCCAGUUCUCAGCCAUCAUUCGCAGGAGUACCAGUAUGGCAUGGCAGACCCUGUACCCCAUCAUGGGUUGGGGAUCACCGCUCCAUUCCCGAGCGAUUUUCCCCAGACCGUGACCGCCGGUCUUGGACACGAUUCAGAAUAUGGCUUCAGUGAAGGUGCCCUGUCUCCCCAACCGCCUUCCACCAAGAGGGUACGACGCAGCCCCAAGUACAUGCCACCGACUCGUGAAACCCCUGUUACAAUACUUCCUCACCCCGAGGGACUCCAGCGCCUAGAGCAGGAACGACGACAGGGACAUGUUGAACCUCAUCCCCAUCAGCGGCCGCGGGCUCCCGGACGAGGCCGGAGAGAUCCGCAAGCCGAAGAAGAAGAUGCCUUUGUUGAAAGGCUCCGGGAGCAGAACCUGGCAUGGAAGAUCAUCCGGGAGAUGUUUCGGGAGAAAUUCAACAAGGAUGCGUCUGAGGCUCGUCUGCAGAUGCGGAUGCUACGCAGACGCAAAGAGCGUUUGGCGCGAUGGGAUGAGAAUGAUAUUCAACUGCUCAUAAGAGCUCGAGAGUAUUGGGAGCAUGAAAAGUACCAUCUGAUAGCGGAGAAGAUGCGAGAGCUCGGCUCCAAAACGUACAGCGCACAACAAUGCGAGGCACAGCUACGGUACCUUGAUGCACAGAAUCGAGAUCGUGGGAAUGCGAAUGUACCACUACCACGAAUAUCAGAUCCACAGCAUACACGAAAACGAGCCAUGCUAAAAGCAUCUCGAGGGAUGACGCCAAAUGUUACGAAAGCCUAG